UUUGGUAUCUGGUCCCUUGAAUUCUUAUUCUACGCUAUUUCCACCAACAAAGGUUGGAACAGGUGCUUCGACACGUCCACAUUGCAAAUUGCACGGCGCUGUGACUGCUGGUCCGCAUCUGAGACAUCUCUGCGGAGUGAAUCCAACAGGCAGCUAUAUUCAUAUAUACCCUCACCUUUGACGCCUCGACGACCUAUACAACUUUCCAAUUUCCUCCUUCUUCUCUACCAGAAAGAUGUCGAGAACCGUUCGUCUGACUGAACAAUAUGGGGGGCAAGCCUCAUAUAUAACGCGAGAAGAUCCUGCUUUCCUCCUCCUCCUCACCCUCGCCGUGCAUCCUAAUCCCACUCUUGACUAUGACCGGAUGAGCGUGAUGAGCCGCAUGCUGCCAGAGGACAUGUGGACAAGCAGCCACGAGAUCGCCGCGAAUAUACGUGCUUUGGAAGAGCUGGCAGACAUGAUUCGAAGAGCAGACAGUAUGACGGUUGAUGACCUCGAGCACACUGAACUGGAGCAAGCACGACUUCGAAGUUCGACGGGUGCGGGCUACGGCCAGAAUGGCCCGAACCAAGUUCUCCAGCCUCAUACGACUCCCGGUCCAGCGGAAGCCCUGUUCGAUCACGAUCGAGAGACGUCUCUUCCAGGUCCUGCUUAUAGAGUAGAUGGCACCGAGUACAAUGGUGACGACGACGAUGACGAUGACCGUACCAGCGUGGCAUCUUGGAUAAGCGGCCGCGUCUGGAUCCCAUCCGAGCUAGAACAGAACGACGACCACACAUAUGGCCUCUCUGCAGGUGCAGGCGAUAGCGACGAGGAUAUAUCCUCUUCGCAAUGGUCAGCUUCGAACACGGAACGUGACGAACGUCUGCUCAGAUCAUCAUCGAUGCCAUACUCCGUCGCAGCCGAGUGCGACACCCGCUCUGAACAAUUUACAGACAGCUUCGAAAUCGAACGGGAAGCAACAAACGUCAAUCCAGAUCAGAACGGACGAGAUUCUGCUUUCUGGCCAUCCCUGAAUAUGAUACUGGAUGAACGCCCGCUGUCAUCAUUAUCAUCAUCGUCAUCAUCAUCAUCAUCCGUGCCAUGCUCGGACACAGUCGAGUCCUGCUCCGAACAGUUUAUGAAUCCAGAAGAACAGUCCCAAUGGAGGACUCCAUCCAGAGCGCGAGAAUACAAUCAUGGGGACCAGCCUGCAGUUCCUCCCUGGGUUUUUACUAACGCUAUAUCGGGUGGAUACCGACUCCCGCCACUGUUCAUGCCUUUUACCGAUACAGUUCACGAUAGCGAGGAGUUCGAUUUUGACGUGAUCAGUGACGCUGCUUCAGUCUGUUCUAUUGGUGGAGGCGUUUGGAUGGGCGAUUGAUUUCUCGUGUGGUUAGUUAUCGGCUAUGCAAUCGGGGACAAGCCAUGUUUUGUGAUAAAUAUUUCGAUUCUGAUAUGGCGAGGGCAUUUCAAUUGAAGAUGGUGCAGUUAUGCUGGGGCCUUGUUUUCUCUCUCUCUCUCUGGUCAUAAUACUAUACAUAGAAAACAAGAAUGCUUGAGACA